AUGCCUCGCUUGGUCACUAUCCGGUCGCUUCUUCUUAUGGAUCCCUAUGGAUUGUAUGUAGCCGUGGGUUCCAAACUAUAUGAAGUGAAUGGAUCAGUUUACGAUUACGGUACAUUAUGCAUCGACUGUAGAUCUCACACGGUGCAGCCAAUCUUCGGCACUCCUAAGCGCAUGGAAGAUAAUAAGGUCGCUGAAAUCAUCGACGAUAAGAUUUACGUAAUCAACUCAGAGGGAGACAUGUGGGAUCAUGCGAUGAAAAAGCCAGACGUGGAGCUACGCAACCUUUGGAUAAAUAAUUAUGUGGUGAUGGAGGAUAAGAUUUACAUGAGAACUCGUUAUAAUAGCUUUGUCUAUGAGGCAAAGGAAAAUAGAUGGGAAUCGGACGAGAUGCUGAAUUCUAAGAAAUAG